AAUUCCUUGGUUAAAGAGACAAGAAGAUGAAGUUUGUUUACAUUUAUGCAAGUUAUGCAAGGUAACCCGACGCCAGAAGGCGCCCAAUGGGGAAAUGCGUAACGAAGUCGUAAAAGUGGCCGAUGUUUGGUACUACUACUCUACGUAAAUUAUCUUUGGUAAGAGACAGCUGAGCACAAUGCCAGAAGGCCCUGAAAUAUUUUUAGCCUCUUUAUUCAUCAACACAGUUAGCAAAGGUAGGAGUUAUGGAGGUCGUGUGGUCAAGUCAGAAGUAUCUACAAAAAACCCAGAUGUGGAAUGGGAUUUUGAAAAGUAUCAUAUCUCUGCUGUUGCACGAGGCAAGGAGUUGAAGGUGACCUUAACCGAAGGUGAAGAGGACAAGAAAAAUGCUAAAUGGAUAGAUAUUCUAUUCCGGUUUGGAAUGUCUGGGUCAUUCAAAUUUACAUCUGUAGCCGAUUUACCUAAGCAUGCUCAUCUAAGGUUCUUCACCAACAGUGGGGAUAAACCCAUGGUUCUAAGUUUUGUUGACUAUCGUCGUUUUGGUCGAUGGGAAGUUGGGGCUGAUUGGAGCCCUGAGCGUGGUCCAGAUCCUAUGUGGGAGUAUGAAAGCUUCCGUGAACAUAUCAUGUCAAACCUAAGUUCAGCUGCAUUUAAUAAACCCAUAUGUGAAGCGAUGCUUAAUCAAAAAUUCUUCAACGGCAUUGGAAACUACUUACGAGCAGAAAUUCUGUAUAGGUGUGGGGUCCGCCCAUUUGACCGAGCAAGGGAUGUUUUAGAAGAAUUGAAGCCAUUCAGCCAAUGGUAUACAAACAAAUUACAGCAAAGCAAAGAGUGGAAGGUUAAAGUGGAAGAUAACCAGGUCACAAAUAACCAGAAUGACAAGGACAUACUACCAGACAUUCUUGAUUUAUGCCAUAUUGUGCCCAAGGAAGUCAUAAACUUAGAAGGAGGUGGAAAAGGAUACAAUGUGGAUCACGAUGCAGAUGAAGAGGAAUAUGCUGCUUUCAGGGAAUGGCUACAGUGUUAUAAUCAGGAUGGCAUGAAGAACUUAGUGGACAGCAACAAACGCACAAUAUGGUUUUCUGGUGAACCUGGGAAAUUAGUACCUAAAGGUUCUUCCUCACGAAGAGGGGGUGACAAAAAACGGAAAAAUGAUGCUGACGAUGAAGCAAAAGGAACAUCCAAGAAGAGAAAUAGCCAUAUUAAAAAAGAAGAUCAGCUGAAGAAGAAACAGGCCAAAAUUAAAGACAAAGUAGCUGUACAAAAACCCAAAAUUUCCAAUUCCAAAAAAGCACAACAGAAAGCAAAAGGCAAAACAAAUAACAAUGAGAAUGGGAAUAUCAAGACAGAAACUAAACCAAGAAAAAAUCCAAAGCUGAAGGUAACAACACAAACUCCACUGAGGCGUUCAUCAAGGAGGUUGAGUUCUCAGUCAAAUGGUUCAGUCUAAGAACAUUUUUAUCUUCUGUGAAAUUUUCAAAAUGAUUUACGUAUAUUUGAUAGUUUUUAUAUUAUAUUAAAUUUUUUUAUCUU